GCCGACUUCUUAUCCUUCGGUUAAUUGUCUCAUCUUUGUGUUAUUGUUGUUGUUACAAUGUUCACGCGUUUACCGAGUCGCGCUUUAUCCGCCCCGCUGCCUUCGCGUUGUUAUUGUUCACACACAGUCUUGGGUAUAAUUGUGGUAAAUGUGCGACUUACACGUGGUUCCGGCCUAAGGCUUGCCGAGUGAGUUAUUCGGGAUUCCUCCACCGAUGAGGCUUCAAGAGCCAAACAGACUCGGACAGUUUGUCUUUAAAUUAAUUAAGAGUGUUCGUUCAUAUAUACCCUGUCUACUCCGCUGCUGGAUGAAGCCCGCCACGCCGUUACCUGCUUGAACCAUACUUCACCACGCUGGUCAAUGCGGGUUGGUGAAGGGUCGCGGGGGGUGAGGGGAGGUUCAUGGCGAGGACUCCCAGGGCCACUGAUGCUAGCGCGUGCUCUGGAAUUGAAUCGGAAUCUUUAUUCGUACUGGAGGAAUCCGAUGAGCUGUUAAGCUCUUUUUUUCUUUCACAGACGUCCAGAAAGGUGGCGGGUCAGAAAGUUACAACAAACAAUACAGUACUAAAAAAACCGACAGGGAGUGAAACGUUUAGCAAAGUAUUUUUAAACGGAGCCGGUGAAGAUGACGUCCCUCGCCAAUCAGCUGCGCCGCCUGGCGCUGCCGCAGACGGACCAGAGUCUGCUGAUGCGCAAGGAGCGCGCGUCGCUGCUCUUUGACCCCAAGGAGGCGGCCUCCCUCGAUGGCGACUUCUUCCACGCGAUCGGCUGCACCGGACUGGAGGAGCUGGCGGGAAUCGAGCCGGCGUUCGACGACUUCCGCGACACGCUGUUCAGCGAGGCGUCCAAGCGGAUGGAGCGCAGCGUGCAGAGCCGCGACGUGAACGCGCGCCUCGACGAGAGCAUCGCGCUCUUCCUCGCGCGUCUCUCGCCCUUCUUCCUGCUCCGCCCCGCGCACAAGUGCCUCGAGUGGCUCCUCUACAGGUUCCACAUCCACCAGUACAACACGGAGGCACUGAUCGGCUGCGUGCUGCCCUACCACGAGACCAAGGUCUUUGUGAGGGUCGUGCAGCUGCUAAAGAUCAGCGAGCCUACGCACCGCUGGCACUGGCUCCACCCUUUGCAGAAACCGGGAGUGCCUCUGUCGCGGAGCACGCUCGUCAUGCAUUGCUACAAGGACCUGGGCUUCAUGGAUUUCAUCUGCGGCCUGGUCACGCACGCCGUGCAGGUGUUCGGCGAGCAGCCGUCGGCCGCAUGCCAGCUUCGCGUCCUCUUCUCCUUCUACUCGUCCACGCUGGUGGCGGCGCUGGAGGCCGACCGCGUCACCGACACCGUCGUGGCCAAGCUGCUGCCCCAUGUCCAGAAGGGCUUGCGCUCGGGCCUGACGGACUACUGGGCGUCGUCACUCAUGCUGGUGGCGCAGCUGGCGGUGCGCGCCACGCUCGAGCAGUCGCUGGCCGAGACCCUGACCCUGCAGCUUGUGCGCUCGCUGGCGCGGCGGCGCAGAGACGCGGAGACGCGCGACGGCGUCGCCUGCCUCAUCGUGCUGCUCCAGACGCAGCCCAGCAGGACGCUCAAAAAGAAGCCGUUCAACUGCCUGUGCUCGCUGGACGGGCUGCUGGAGACCCUGCGGGAGCUGGGCGCCACACACGACACUGCCCCGCUGCUCCGUGCCUUCCUGCCGCCCCUUGUCUCCGCCGCGCUUCAGCCGGUGCUGGCACCAAAUGACGCCGACGAUGGUGAAGCUGCCAAGGAUCUCCCUGCUCCAGAGAAACUCCUCCUGCGUCUCGUCCGGGACAUUCCGCUGGACCGCGGCAUCGACACGCAGCUCAUACGGCUGUUGCUGGAGGGCUACAUGAGGAGGAGGGGAGUCGACUCAGCACAAGAGAGGGAGGAGGGCGGGGCAUCGGAUGGGCUCGCCGUCCUGCACCAGCGCCUCCUGCCCAUCCUGCGGACGCUCGAGAAGAGGUACACGGAGAGCUGGGACCAGGUGAUGGCAGCUCACCUGCACGGGGAGAGCGCCGGCACAGGGAAGGAAGCAUUCCACGACUUUAUCUCGCUGGGCGCCGCCAGCGGGAAGCACCAGCUGGUGCCCGACUCGGACACGUCGCUGCUGCUCAGCCUGCACCACCCGCAGGAGGUGGUGCGCUGCCUCGCACUCUCCCACCUCUGCACUCUGGUGCUGUCCGGCAAGGAAGGCUUUGGUGAGGAGUUCCUGACGGAGGCCGUGUGCAGCCGUCUCCACGACGACACGCCCGCUGUCGUGACCGCGGCGCUCGCCGCCCUAACGACGCUCGGUGGACGGAUCUGCUCGGUGGAGGCGAAUUCGGUGCUCGUCAAACUGAUACAGAAAAUCGGGAGGCUGGAGCAACCCGAGCGAUGGAGGAGCGUGUUCCUCGAGUCGGUGCGGGUGCUGACCAGCCAGGCCGCAUCCCUCGCCGACAAACGGUGGCGCGACAUCGUGGCCCUGGAGUUGCUGCCCUACGCGCUGCCUCUUAUGGCGCCGCGCGACCUGGCGCCCGCACUCGCCGUGGCGCAGUCGCCCCUCGCCCGCAGCCACCCGCUGCUGCGUGGCCUCGACAAGGUUCUGUCAAGGCUGAACGCGAACAGCAAGAAGGUGGAUCCGGAGUCUGUGGGCACCGUGGAAGCGAUCAAAGUGCUGGCUCAGAACCUGGUGGCGAUGGAUCCUGUGUCCCGCGAGGAGACGGUGGAGCAGCUGCUUGCGAGAGUCCAGCUUCGCGACCCCGCCCCGCGCCAGCAGCUCCUGUUCCACGCGACGGUGCUGAUGCUGACGGAGGCGGCGCGGACGGUCGAUGCCGAGGGGCCGCGGCCCGGCGAGCGGUCCAGCAAGGGGGCCGGGGAGGGGGCUGGUGAGGAGGGGUCUGGCUACCGUGAGCACCUGCAGCUCGCGGUGCGUGCCUUCUGCCUGCUGGAGGAACGGCUGCACAGGCUGACGGCCGACACCUUCAAGCAGGAGGCGCAGGACUUUCCGUCAGCCAUGGCGGAGACGAGCGCCGGCGGGCUUCUCGCGCCGGCGUUUGUUGCGGGGAUGCUGCGCGCUGUGCAGAACACCUCCGGGGAGCUGGACGUCACCUUCGUGUACGUGCACGAGCUGCGUGGACUCGUCACCACCCUGCAGCCCCCACGGCGCCACGACGAUGGCUUGACCUGGUGGAACGUGGAGUCGCUGGACGAGGCCACCAGGGGGUACCUGUGCCUGCUGGUCGGGCUGUUCGACGUGGUUGUGGCCGGCGCCACGGAGGGCACCGGUAACACCGGCGCCGCUUUCCGCCAGCUUUUGUUCUCGCUGCUGCAGGUUCACCUCCCAUCGGCUUCGGAGCGCCUGCGCUUCUUGGGCCUCGUGUGGAGCAGCGCUUGCGACCACAGCCGCCGGCUGGGCCGCCCGCCGUGCGCGCUAAUGCAGGCGCGGGCACUGCACGUGGGCGCCACGCUGCUCGGCGCAGCGCCGGACGCCACGCCCACAGCCGUGGCGGUGCCAGCAAUGGUGAGCCUGCUCGCGGCGCUGUCCAGCCCGCUGGGUGCGGUGCGCGCUGCCUCCCUGCGCUGCGUGCGCGCACUGCUGGGCCCCGACGCCUCCGCCGCCAGCGCCAUGCCACUGCAGCCCCUGGCGGCCGCCCUGCUGGCGAGCGAGGAGGAGAUUGUCGCCGACCCUGCACACACGGCGCAGGCACUGGGGCUGCUGUUUGAGUCUCAAGCGAAGGAGGGGAGGGGUCGUGGUGAUCGGCAUGCGGGCGUGGCGCUGGCAGUCAUGCUGUCGUGCAUGGCCAGCACCGAGUUCCCGUCAUACGUGGCGCGCGCCGCCCUGCACAGCCUUGAGCACGUGCACGGCCCCAAGGUGCUGUCUCUGCUGCUGCCCGUACUGGAGCGUCUGCUGCUCAAAUUAUACGGGCGACCGUGCGACGGCGCGUCGGACGGCACCAGCGCAACAGGCUCCCCCGCCGCCGCCGCCGCCGCCUCCUCCCUCCAGCGCGACGAGGAGUUGCUCGCCCAGCUGGUGCUGGCCAAGUUCGACUCCAGCUCAUGCCACCUGUUCUCCAGCGACCCGCGCUGCAUGGAGCUGCUGGUGCGGGCGCUGAGAGCGCCACCCGACCCCGUCACGGGCCGCUCCGCCCUGCAGCUGACGGCGCUGGCGCGGAUCACCAAGGAGUUCUUCUCGGCACUGCCGAGCGCGGAGCAGCAGCAGACGGUGCUGCGGGUGCUCUUCGACCUCCUGGCCGACUGCGCCACCCCCGGCAUCGCCCAGGCCAUCGGCAGCGCCUUCAAGGGGCUCGUGGUCGAUGCGGAGCAAGUGGCGCUCGAGCUGGUGCCCACGAAAUCGACGGCCAAAUCGGGCACCACCGUCGCCCAGGCUCGGAGGCGGAAGGAGCAGCAGCAGCUGCACGAUGGGGGUGAGGACAUGGAGUCGCGUGGCUGGCGCCGCUCCACGCUCAUCCUGGAGAUGCUGCAGCACAAGAAGAAGCUCCGUCGCCCAGAGGCGUUGGUGUCGCCCUUGUUUGGGCUGCUGGAGCGGUGCCUGGAGGCGAGUGCGGAGGACCCGGAGGCGAUGGAGUACGUCAAGCAGCUGGUGCUCGCGUGUCUGCUCAACGCAUGCACGCGCCUCUCCCCCAACGGCGCGCCGCUGCCACCCGGUCUGGUAGACGAAGACAAAUUCAGUGUGGAGCUGAUCGUGCGGUGCGUGCGAUCGUCACGCACGCCGCAGACACACCACCACGCGCUGCUGCUGCUGGGAGCCACCGCCUCCAUCUUUCCCGAGAAGGUCCUGCACAACAUCAUGCCCAUCUUCACCUUCAUGGGCGCCAGCGUCAUGCGCAUGGACGACACCUACAGCUUCCAGGUCAUCGGCAAGACGGUGGAGACGGUCAUCCCCGCGCUCAUCAAGGCCGGCGGGCGCACCGGCGCGGACGUCGACGGCGCCGUGACGCGGGUGAUGCGCGUGUUCGCCGAGGCGUGCCCCUACAUGCCCGAGCACCGGCGCGCGCCCGUGCUGGUGCAGCUCGCGCGCACCGUGGGGCCUGACCGCUUCCUCUGGGCGCUGCUGCUGCUGGCGCUGGAGCUGCGCGUGACGCGCGGAGCCGACACGCGCGACGCGCCCCCCGGAGCGGACGAGCGUGCCGUGGCGCCCUCGUUGGCUGCCGGGGACAAGGACGUGGAGGCGGAGAGGGAAGUGGAAUUCUGGGUAACGCUGUGCGGCGAGUUCAGCCCGGCCGUGCAGCUGACGUCGCUGGUGAAGGUGGUGCAGUACCUGGCGGCGCUGCCACAGGAAAAGGAAGACGUGCCGGACGAGCAGCCCAAGCCGACCGCUCGAGCUGCCAGUCACGCCUCCAGGGGCAGACGUCCGGCACCGGCGGUGGCCGCCGGCGCGGAGGCGGAGGGGUCUGGCCUCUUCAGCGUGAGCGCCCACUCCGCCAAGCAGCUGCGCCACUUCAAGUUCACGGCCGUCUCCUUCCUCUCCCAGCUGCUCGGCUCCCCGACCUUCAUCGCCAAGGUGGCCAAGUGCACCCCCGCGGAGCUGGAGGAGCUACGGCCGCUGGAGCAGAGCCUCCUGGAGCAGAUCCUGUGCUACAUCAACCAGGUGGCGCAGUGCGUGGAGGAGAACGGCGAGCAGCCCGCGGCGCGGUUCUGGCGAGCGAUGCUCAACCGAGCCUACGAUGGCAUGGACAAGGUGAACGCGCUGAUGCCUACGGAGUCGUUCGUGCCGGUGGUGCGGGGGCUCAUGGGGAACCAGCUGCCGUCCGUGCGCCGCAAAGCCAUGGAGCUGCUUAACAGCAAGCUGCUGCAUCACCGUGCCAGCUGGAGCAACGCGCAGGUGGAGCUGCUGCUGGAGGUGCUGGAGCUGCUGUUGGAGGUGUGCGGGCGCCAUCGCCACCACCGCGAUCACGCCGCCGCUACAGCGAAGCCGCUCGCUGACGGCGACGCCGACGAGCCUGAGCAGGCGGUGAACCGGCAGACGGCGCUCAUGAGCCUCAAGCUGCUUUGCCGCAGCUUCGGGGCGGAGCGCCCGGCACGCUUCUUGCCCGUGCUGGCGGCCGCCGUGCAGCUGCUGGAGGAGGGCGCCGACGAGGACGUGAACGUGCUGGCCGGCGCUUUGCUCUGCGCCGCCGAGACGGCCACGGCUGUGCGGGUGCUCGCCGUGCCGCUGCUGCCCAGGCUGCUGCCGAGCAUGCUGGGAUUGAUGAGCAGCAGGAAGGAUCUGUUGACCCACGACCUCUAUCUGCUGAGCGCCAUUACCGCCCUUCAGCGUGUCUCUGCCACCCUGCCGUACUUCCUGAGCCCCUACCUGCUCGACAUCCUCAUGGAGCUGACGCACGUGCGGACGAUCGUGCCGGUGGCCGGGCCGCACGUCGCCCAGCUGCAGCAGCGGCUGACGCAGCUGCAGGCGACGCUGGCGCACGAGCUGCCGGCACGUGUGCUACUGCCCGCCAUGUCACGCGCCUACGACCGCAUGCUGCUGCUCCACCGAGAGGGCUGCCUGGGCCCCCUGUUCUCGGUGCUGACCGAGCACCUGGCCCACAUCGGCAAGGAGGAGCUCGCCUCGCACCAGGCCGAGCUGACGGCGCUCUUCACCAAGGCCCUCGACUUCCGCGCCGAGCACGCCCAGGACUCCCUCGACCGUGUGGGCGACGUGGAGGGCCACGUGAUAACGAGUCUCGUCGCCAUGGUGAUGAAGAUGUCAGAGGUCACCUUCAGACCGCUCUUCUUCAAGCUGUUCGACUGGGCGAGUGGGGAGGACCGCCCGAGCGAGCGCUUGCUCACCUUCUACCGCAUGUCGGAGCGCGUCGCCGAGCGCCUCCGUGGCCUCUUCGUGCUCUUCGCCGGCCACCUCGUCAAGCCGUGCGCGCACCUCCUCAACCGCCUCAACGUGGCCCUGCCCGAUGAGAAGGCGGUGUUUGGCCACGCUGGUGAUGAAGCGGCGGACGAGAGGAACCAGCUGCUACUGCAGCUGGUGCUCGACUGCCUGCACAAGGUGUUCCUGUACGACACGCAGCGCUUCCUGACGGAGGAGCGCGUCCACACGCUAAUGCUGCCGCUCGUCGACCAGCUGGAGAACACGCUGGGCGGUGACGACGUCUACCAGCAGAGGGUCGCGUGCCACCUCGUGCCGUGCAUCGCGCAGUUCGCCGUGGCCAUGGGCGACGACACGCUGUGGAAGCCGCUCAACUACCAGAUCCUGCUCAAGACUCGCCACACCUCGCCCAAGGUCCGCUUUGCGUCGCUGCUCGUGCUGCUGGAGUUUGCGACGCGGCUGCGCGAGAACUUCACGGUGCUGCUCCCCGAGACGAUCCCCUUCCUCGCCGAGCUCAUGGAAGACGAGUGCGAAGAGGUGGAGAAGCAGUGUCAGAAGACGGUGCGCGAGCUGGAGGCCAUCCUGGGGGAGUCACUGCAGAGCUAUUUCUGAGCACCCCCGCCCACAGCUCCCACCGCCACCGUCAUCCGGGUCUCGUCCGGCACGCAACACUACUCCACGCUUUGCGCGUGGAGUCCGCGCGGUGGAUCGUUCCGUGCGACCGGGCCCAGCCCCGCAGCCGGCGCCCGGAUCGGGACAAAACUACGGGGAGAAUGGGACCGCCGGGAACAUCGUGCCGGGAGACGGGCUUUGGGACGGGAUGGGCAUAGACGCUCGGCCGGAUGAAGAGUCUCGAUGCCGUCGCUGGGCCGUGUGGGUCGUUAACCAGAGUCUCUAUUUAUUUAGAUUUUUUUUUUAAUAUAGUUUUUAAACACAUUUUGCCUUUUGCCAGAUUUCACGGCGAUCGGGGCUCGUACGUAGCCCCUUGCCGCAGCCACCAGAGGCCGCUGCGUUCGCGCGAUGCCGAUAGCGAAUUCAGAAAAAAAAACGAAGUGAAAGUUUAUCAACUCCCUACACUCACAUUGAGUAACCAUGAUGGUAACAGUGAUGGUAACGACGAGUCGAUGCCCGUAAACACAUCGGGGAAACGCGGGAAGGCUGUGCGAAUAUUUGUACUGGUUUUGAGUGAGGGGGUACAUUUUAAAUAAAGGAUGUACCCUUUCUGUGUAAUCUUUGUUAUUCAUUUGUCCCCAACUAUAAAAUACACGCUUGCUGACCACGGUGGUCCAAUGUUCAGCAGCACCACUGGACUUGCAAUGCAGAGAUCUCAGGUUGCAUUCCAUCUCCCGGCGUGUCAUUUGAAACAAUGGAGCAAGUUUAUUCAACCCACCCCGGCACCCGCCUGACCAUGCCUCUCCACUCGGCAGAAUGUCGCGUGUGGUGGGGUGAAGUGUAGGUCCUCUCAUCUUCCAAGACGUCUGGCCGCCGUGG